AUGGCCCCGAUCGACACCGAGUCUCAGUUCAAGUUCCUCAUCGCUUGCAUCAAGCACACUAAUGCUGGCAAGGUUGAUUUUGGCAAAGUCGCUGAGGAGCUGAGCAUCGUCACCAAGGGCGCCGCUGCCAAGCGGUACGAGCGUCUCAUGAAGGCUCAUGGCAUCGAGAAGUCCAACGGAGGCGGUGCCAACUCUGCUGGUGCUUCUGGCCCAAGCACCCCAGCCACCCCGAAGACGCCUGCCACUGGUCGCAAGAACGCCAGCAACCGUGCCACUCCGGCCAGCAAGAAGCGCAAGAUGGCUGCUCCCGGCUACGAUGUCGACGAGGAGGAGGACAUGAAGCUUGACAUCAAGGAGGAGGCCAAGCUGGAGGAGUCGACCAACACCCCUAACGGUUCGUACAUUAUUGACCCGAACAAUCCCCCAACCGCGGCUCCCGCGGCCGACACGCUCGUGAGGACACCCGACGGUGCCAAGCAUGAUGGCGAGAACAACGAUGAUGUACUACUGGUCUCGGAGUCUCGAAGAGAGGACGGCGCGGCACCCGUGGUAUUUGCUCACCAGGUGCUGUUGCCGCCCCCGACCGAGGGCUUCUACGGUUUCGUCGACCCCGCGACCAACGUGCAUCAUCUACCACAGCACCCAAUUGCCGCGACCGAUGUCCCGAUCCGGUACGAGUACGGCCAUGCUGACUAUGCAACACAGACGAUGGCGGCGACACUCCCGCCUGAUGGGCGCCACUGGCUUCACCAUCACAACCUGGUUUUCUUCUGGAGUGAUGCCUACUUGGAACUGCACGGCGACAUCAAGCACGACUGA